GCUUGUGACCGAUGUUUAUUUGAAAAUGAUACGUUGAUUAUGCAGCGUUUCAGCAAAUUUGCUGAACCAUUUUUGUCAGUAAACUACAAUCUCUCAGAGGAUAAUUUCAACUGGUGGAAGCGUCUACAGGCUGAAAAGCGUUAUUUCAGUACCUACAGAAAUAAAGUGGACAGGAUGUUUCAGAUGUUCCCAGCCAGUGCUUAUGUUGAAGCAUCCAGCCCUGAGCGCUGCAGGACUUGUGCUGUGGUGGGGAAUUCUGGUAAUUUGAAGAAAUCACAUUAUGGACCUCUAAUAGAUUUCCAGGACGUUGUCAUAAGAAUUAACAGAGGUCGCACGAAAGGCUAUGAAGCAGAUGUUGGGACCAAAACAACUCAUCAUGUCAUGUAUCCAGAGAGUGCUGUGGAUUUAGAUAACACCACUCAUCUUGUGCUGUUUCCAUUUAAGAUUCUGGAUCUUGACUGGGUUACGAAGGCCCUCAGCACAGGAUUUUCCGGAAGCUCAUAUGUGCCAAUAAAAUCAAACAUCAAGGCCAACAAGGAUUUGGUGAUGGUUCUUAACCCAGCAUUCAUGAGGUACGUUCAUGACGUGUGGCUGCAAAAGAAGGGCAGAUAUCCAUCCACUGGCUUCAUGACUUUGGUUCUUGCCCUGCAUAUUUGUGACGAGAUCCAUGUGUUCGGUUUUGGAGCAGACAGUGAUGGAAACUGGAGUCAUUACUGGGAAAAACUCAUGAACAAUAAGUUAAAAACGGGAUCACAUCCUGGAGAUGAAGAGUAUAAAAUGAUCCUGGAGCUAGCUAAGCACCAAAUACUCAAGUUUUACACGGGGUGGUGA